AUGCGCGGUGCGGCGCGCGCCCGCCCGCCCGGCCCGGCUGGUGCGUGCGAGGGAGAAGAUGGCGGCGGCGGGGGCGGCGGCGUGAGGGGCCGGGACCGCCGAGCUCCCCGGGGACGCGGGGCGCCAUGGCCCUGCACGGCGCGCAGUAUAUUUUUGGGGAGUUCAGCCCUGAUGAAUUUAAUCAGUUCUUUGUGACUCCACGAUGCUCUGUUGAGCUCCCCCCAUACAAUGAAACAGUUUCAUGUGGUAUUAAAUCCACAGGGGAAGAGUAUCAGAGAAUUGAAUUUGGUGUUAAUGAAGUUAUUGAGACUCAGUCAUCUGUCCUAAAUAACACCGACUACAGUAUUUCGAGUACUCUGAAUCCUCAGGCUCCAGAAUUCAUUCUCAGCUGUGCACCUGCUCAGAAAACCCCAGAUGAUGCUCUCAGCGACACAAACUACAACUCCAUUGACUGCCAGUUCAGUGACCCCACCCUGGCUCUGGACAGCGGCUCCAACGCUGAAAACGACGGCUUGGCCGGAGGCCUCGGGCAGAGGGAGCGGAAAAAGAAGAAAAAAAGACCCCCUGGAUACUACAGUUACUUGGAAGACGUCCCUGACGGCGUGGCUGCCCCGGAGGCGCUGGUGAACGGCCACGCCACGGCCGCGGGGCUCAACAGCCUGAGCACGGAGGACGCGGAGCUGGCAGGAGACCUCCCCUCCCUGGCCACGCCGAGGACUUGCAGCAGCCCCGCCAGCUCCGUGGACUUCCUGGCCGGAGCUGCGUGUGCCGAGCCCGGUGCCGCAGCCCCCGGCAGGACUGCCGGGCAGCCCGAGGUAUGCCGCCUUGCUCACUCUGAACAGUUCUGCCUCCCCUCGGAGGCCGUCAGAGAUAGCCCCCUAAGGACAGCUGUUGUACAGGCUUAUGCUGGUACUGAUACUACUGAAACUCUUGGCGUUACUAAUGGACAAACACUUGAAUCCUCUGGUGAGGACACAGCUGCCAAUGGGGUAGAAUUGCACACUGUGGAAAGCACUGACUCAGACCAAGCUAAGCCUGAGGAAGCUUCACCUACUACUGAGGCAACGGUCCCGCUUGCAGGAUCAGUCCCCGUUAAUCAGCCUGCAAAAUCGUGGGCUAGUCUUUUUCACAAUUCCAAGCCCUCUGCUUCCACAUCUGUGGUCUAUGUUGAGACUAAGUAUACCCCUCCUGCCACAUCUCCUCUGGUCCCUGAAAAACAGGUUGAAGUCAAAGAGGGACCUGUUCCAGUUUCAGAGGAUCCCGUAGCCAUAAAGAUUGCAGAAAUACUGGAAAAUGUAAGACUAAUACAUAAACCAGUGUCUUUGCAACCCCGAGGGCUGAUCAACAAAGGAAACUGGUGCUACAUCAAUGCUACCCUGCAAGCCUUGGUUGCUUGCCCUCCAAUGUAUCAUUUAAUGAAGUCCAUUCCAAUGUAUUCCAAAUCGCAGAGGCCGUGCACCUCCACACCAAUGCUAGACAGUUUUGUUCGUUUAAUGAAUGAGUUCACUAAUAUGCCUGUACCUCCUAAAGCAAAGCAAGCUUUAGGUGAUAAAAUAGUGAGAGACAUCCGACCAGGAGCUGCCUUUGAACCAACCUACAUUUACAGGCUCUUGACAGUUAUAAAGUCAAGUCUGUCAGAAAAGGGCAGGCAAGAGGAUGCUGAAGAAUACUUGGGAUUUAUCCUCAAUGGACUACAUGAAGAAAUGCUGACCCUCAAGAAACUUCUCUCUCCACAUAAUGAAAAAGUGUCGGUGUCCAACGGCCCCGAGGCUCAGAGUGUUCCCAAGGAGGAGGAGCAGGAGGAGCAGGGGGAAGGCAGCGAGGAUGAGUGGGAGCAGGUGGGACCUCGCAACAAGUCCUCGGUCACCCGCCAGGCUGACUUUGUCCAGACUCCCAUCACUGACAUCUUUGGUGGUCACAUAAGAUCUGUUGUUUACCAGCAGAGUUCCAAGGAGUCUGCCACGCUGCAGCUCUUCUUCACCCUGCAGCUGGACAUCCAGUCGGACAAGAUCCGCACCGUGCAGGAUGCCUUGGAAAGCUUGGUGGCAAGAGAGUCUGUGCAGGGAUACACCACAAAAACCAAGCAAGAGGUGGAGAUCAGUCGAAGGCUCACCUUAGAAAAGCUGCCCCCUGUUCUUGUUUUACACCUCAAACGCUUCGUGUAUGAGAAAACAGGUGGAUGUCAGAAGCUGAUCAAGAAUAUCGAGUACACUGUUGAUCUGGAAAUCAGUAAAGAGCUACUGUCUCCUGGUGUGAAAAGUAAAAUUUCAAAAGGCCAAAGAACCUACCGGCUCUUUGCAGUUGUGUACCACCACGGCAACAGCGCGACGGGCGGGCACUACACGACGGACGUGUUCCAGAUCGGGCUGAACGGGUGGCUGCGCAUCGAUGACCAGGCCGUCAGGGUCAUCCACCACUCCCAGGUGGUCAAGGCGGCGCUGGAGCGCACAGCCUACCUGCUCUACUACCGCCAGGUGGACCUGCUGUGACCCCUGCCCCAUAGAACGCCAAGAUCACUAACUUUUCCUUCUGUAAAUGCUCUUCUUGAGUGAAUCUUUCUCUUUUUUUUUUUUUUUUUUUUUUUCUGGUUUUUUUCCCCCCUUUUUACUCAUUCUUUCCUUUUUUUCUUUUUUUUUUUUUUUGUCCCCUUGCAACUAUGGGAUAAAGAGAUAAAGGAAGCUGCCGUUUGUGCACAACAUAGUUUGUGUUGACUUUUGACUUUGCAGAAUGAAGUCGCUCGGUUGGAAGCCUCGUGAAUCACAAAAAAAAAUAUUAAAAAGAAAUAAAGUUCAUCCGAGUUAAUGCUGAAUCCUAAGAUAAUAAAAAGGGGAUUUGCAUUUAAUUCCCACUUUCUAAUUGCGUAGUAGAAGAAAACCCUGCACCAGCAACAGAACUUGUAGAUUUCUGUGAAAAUGUUUUAUCUUUACUUCAGUAAAAAAAAGAAAAAAAAUUUAAAAAAAAAAAAUAAUAAAAAGCUCUCUCUGCUUCCCCAAUAGUUUUUUGAUAAGUGGUAAAAUAUGAGCCGAUGUGUAUGAGAUGGAAAUGGUCCUUUGUGCUUCAAAACAUGUACAAACUGCAGAGUUGCUGGUUCCUGAUAGGAAGACACAUUUUAAUAAUUGUGCGAUGAGAAACUGCUUAAGUACACAUUGCAGAUCAAAUAUUUGGAGUUAAGAUGUUAGUCUAUAUAGAUGGGUGAUUGUAACUUUAUUGCUAUUGAGAAAUUUCAAACUGCAUUUAUGCUUCUGUGUACAUGAAAUUAAGAAAAUGGGCAAAAUAAUUAAGAUUGAUAUUUCUUUAAGUCUGCUUUGUUUAAUUUUGCUGUCUGCUCUCCUACAAUGUUGAGUUCCUAAUUGUACACAGUUUAGUGAUACCUAGAAGUAUAAAGUUGUCGCCCAUCAAUAAAAGUCACAAAGUUGGUUUAA